ACUUUCCUUAUCAAAUCAAUAUUUUGUGUCUAACAUAUAUCAAUUUUUAUCACACUUGAGGUGAUACAGAGCUUAGUUAGGGAUAAAUAAAUUUUCGGUGUAUCUUUUGAUUGUUGGUUGGUUGUUGUGGAUAAUGAAUGCGACGAUCUAAGGAGCUUUGACCGUAAUAGAAAUUGAAAUGGAUAUAGUUUGAAAUAUCAACCAGCGGAUUUUUUAUCCAAAAAUAUAAAGAAGGUUUUUUGAGUGAGAGAGAAACAAACGCAGAUCGAACCGAGUGGCGGCAUAAUCAAGCAGCUCGCAAAUUCCUAAUCGAAAAUGGCAGGUAAGGAUCCAAUUAUCAUGAGAGAGAAGGAUGAGAUGAGAAAUUGGACGAGGAGCAUGAGAGCUCAAGGCCAUACAAUUGGCUUUGUACCCACCAUGGGUUACCUCCACCAGGGUCACCUCUCUCUAAUCAAAGAAGCACACAAACACGCUGACCGUAUAGUCGUAUCCAUCUAUGUUAAUCCAGGUCAGUUCUCACCCAAUGAAGAUCUUUCAACAUACCCUUGUGAUUUUCAAGGUGAUUGUCAGAAACUCAAGGCUGUACCUGGUGGUGUUGAUGUUGUAUUCAACCCUGAUAAUCUCUAUGCCGCCUAUGGGAAUUCCUCUCUAGGGUCUGAGAGGAAUGGAGAAAUGAGAGAGGGAAGGUUGGUAUCUUGUGUUGAAAACAAGUGGGGUAUGGGGCAUGAAACUUGGGUUAGAGUUGAAAAUUUGGAAAAGGGUUUGUGCGGGAAGAGUAGGCCUGUUUUCUUUAGAGGAGUUGUUACUGUUGUCACCAAGUUGUUUAAUAUUGUUGACCCUGAUGUAGCUGUCUUUGGCAAGAAGGAUUAUCAGCAAUGGAAGAUUAUUGAGAGAAUGGUUCGAGAUCUUGAUUUUGGGAUAAAGGUGAUUGGUUCUGAAAUUGUACGAGAGCAGGAUGGCCUCGCAAUGAGUUCCCGUAAUGUGAAACUUUCACCUGACAACAGACAAAGGGCUUUGUCAAUUAGCCGUGCACUGUCUAGAGCCAAAUUUGAUGCAGAAAAUGGUCAGCUCAACUGCCAUGAGCUGAUAAAUGCUGCCAUUCCCAAGAUACGUGAAGCCGGUGGAAGGGUUGAUUAUGCUGAGAUUGUGGAGCAAGAAAGUUUAGAGCCAGUGGAGACCAUCAACAAACCAGUUGUAUUUUGUGUAGCAGCAUGGUUUGGAGACGUCAGGCUCGUCGACAACAUGGAAAUAGAUAUAAAUUGAGAGGCAUGGAGCCAGUACAUAUGCAGUUAGUUACCUUGGCGUUUGGGUUCUUCCUCUGUAACGUCGCUGAGAAGCUUUUGCAGUUUGUACAAGCUUAUCUGAAAAUGACUUUCGCCAACUAAAUAACUGGAGUCACCUUUCCAACUGCUAGAGUCCGAGCCAAAUUCGUGGGAAGAUGUCAUGAAAGAUGAACUAGAGCGAGAGAAAUAUCCCCGAAUGCCAUGGCAUGAUGUCCACUGUGCUCUUUGGGGACCACCUUGCCGAGAUGUUGCCAGACACUUCGUUCAACGCUGGAAUCAUGCUAAGAGAAGCAAAGCUCCAAAUGAACAGACUAUACCACUGCUUAUGCCACAGCAUCACAUGGUUCUUCCACACUACAUGGGCUGAAGCAGAGAAGUUGAGGUCGAAAGUAAGACAGCUGAGCUCAUCUCGAAAGAUCUGAAAGGACAAGAUCCAUUUCCAUCUGGGUCACCACCGGAAGACAUCCCUUUACUUUUACCCCAGGAAGCUGAUUGUGAUGAGGAGGUUUCCUUUGGGGACGAGAAAUUGACUGAUGAUAUUUAUCACCUUGAUCUCCAAAGCCAAAUGAAAACUCACCAACUAGAUAAUUGGUGGGAUACACAAGAGCGAGUAGCAGAAGUGGUUUCAACUGAUGAAAUAGAAGAUGUUGGUCCUCGGACUCAUUGUCACUGUCAGUUCUUAUGGCAAAUAUUUUGUCAUAGGUCUGCUGGAACAACUCAAACUGAACUUAUUGUUCUCUUAUUGGGGAAGCAGAACAUUUUGUGUUCAUUGAGAUUUUAUAAAUAAAUGGAUAUAAUUGUAACAAUUCAAUUCACGUAUGGGGUGUUUUUUUGUCAGACCCUGAUUUAAGGUAUGCAAAUGGAAUUCGUAUUUCUGAUAAAAUUAGGGUAGAUGUUGAUGAGCUUCAUGUUAUGUUGUUUCAUAACUUAGCAGCAGAUUUAGAUGUGGAAAAAAUUGAAACCUUUUGGUGUAGAGUAAACAAAAAAGGCUAUUAUUACAAGUUAAAAAAUGAUGUUGAUGUUUUAAGCCUUAUCAGUAGUUUAAAAUAUGGAGAUUUGGUUGAUGUAUAUGUGGUUCACCAAAUUAGUGAACCCAUAGUUGUUAAUGAUGAUGUGGCAGCCACUCCACCAUUAUUACAACUUAGUAAUGGUGAUGUGGCAGCCCCUGUUGAACCUGAUAAGACUGAUGUGUCUUCAUCUCAUCCAUUGGAUAUAAAUUAAGAUGAAUAUAUAAAUGAAAAUCAGCCUCCUAGUGCAGAAAAAGGAAAAGCUAAGGUUUCUUGUGAAGACUUAGGUGAAGGUCAAUUUAAUGAUUUCUCCACAUACCAUCUCCAAACAUCUGAUUCUGAAUUAGAUUUUGAUUGGACUGAUUCUGAUGGUGAUUCACUUUAUGAUGGUGAUUAAAACAUUGAAGAGUUGAGUGAUUUUGAUGAAGAGUUGCUUCAAGUUAGAAAGGCUUAGAAAGAAAACGUUGAUAGGGUGAAUGUAGAUGAGAUACCAUCUAGAUCAGUAGAUAUAGAUGCUAGUUUUGAGGAUAUUUGUAAGAACAAGGGGGUUAGAUAUGAAGGUAAACUGGGUGGGGAUGACCCUUAUUCUGAUAGUUCAGAUUCGGGUAGUGACAUUAGUGAUGAAGAGGAAGGAGAUCCUGUUGAUGAUGAUGAAGUGGUAGAUCCACUAUCUAGAACUUUUUCUAGCAAGAUAUACUUUGAUAAAACUGCAAAGAAGGUAUGUUUUCAGUUGUAUAUGGUUUUUUUUAAUGCUAUUGAGUUUAGAGAGGCACUGCAGAGUUACUCUAUUCAAAAAGGUGUGAACCUUAAGUUGAAACCUAAUGAGAAGGAAAGGGUAAAGGCUAAGUGUAAGCAUAAGGGUUGUCCUUGGGUUAUUCUUGGAAGUAUUGAUAACACAGAAUUUUUUACUGUGAAAACUUACUUUUCUGUACACAAGUAUUCUAAAAGAACAAGAAAUAAGAUGUGCAACCCUUUGUGGAUUUGUAAGCAUUACAAGGAUAGGAAUAUGAGUGAUCCAUCAAUAAAAUUGCAUCAGAUUCAAGCACUUUUAAGAAAGGACUAUGGGUUGUAUGUUAGUAAAACAACCUGUAGAAAGGCAAAAAUCUGAAUUAUGAAUGAACAUUUUGGUGAUUUUGUUGAAGAGUUUUCUAGGUUGUAUGACUAUGCUGAACAGUUGAGGACCACCAAUCCUGGUACCACUGUAUCUAUUAGGACAUCCAAGAAUGCAAUUCCAGAAAAAGAGGUGUUUAUGGGCAUUUACAUUAGUCUUGGGGCCUUAAAAAGUGGAUGGAUAGAGGGCUGCAAAAGAAUAAUUGGUUUAGAUGGUGCCUUUCUCAAGGGUGUAUGUAAAGGUAUCUUAUUGUCUUGCAUUUUCAAAGAUGGAAAUAAUCAAAUGUACCCUGUAGCAUAGGCUGUGGUUGAUAAAGAAACCAAGGACACAUGGUCAUGGUUUCUUAGGUGUAUCAACCAUGAUUUGGAACUUGAAGAAAAUGGGGGUGAAGACUUGACAGUUUUUCAGUUAUUUAUUACUGGCUAGUUUGCUGCAAUGAUGUCUUUAAUGUUUAACUACUAUUUUACAUGUUUUGAUAGGGUCUUCAUUUGGCACUUACUAAUCUACUGUCAAAUGCUGAGCAUAAAUGGUGUGCUAGACAUAUAUGGGCCAACUGGAAGCAGGUUGGAGAAAAAAAUUCUGGCAGGUUGCAAGGGCCCUAUUUGAAGUGUACUUGCAAAAGAAACUUAAUGAAAUGAGUGAGUUGAGUAUUGGAAUUGUGGAAGAUUUGCUCAAGUAUAACAAAGAGGCAUGGUGUAGGGCCUUUUUUAAGGAACAUAGCAGGUGUGAUGUGGUUGAAAACAACAUGUGUGAGACUUUCAAUAGUUGGAUUUUAGCUGCUAGGUUCAAGACAAUUAUCACUAUGUUGGAGGAAAUAAGAUGCAAAGUCAUGGAAAGAAUGAAUCAAAUAAGAGAUUUUUGUGAAAAAUAGAACACUGAUGUAUCACCAAUGGCUAUGGAAGUUCUUACAGAAAAUGCUGAAUAUGCAGCCAAGUGUGAGGUGAGAUUUAAUCGUAAUAUGGGCUUUGAUAUUGGUGAUCCACCUUAUACACAUGUUGUUAAUGUGAAGAGGAAUCAAUGCAGUUGUAGGUCUUGGCAACUAAAGGGAAUUCCUUGUGCACAUGCAAUUGCGGCAAUGCAUUACAAUGGAUGGAAUGUGGAGUCAUAUGUUGAUCACUGAUAUCAAAGGAAAACAUACCUGAAGGCAUAUGAAAAGUAUAUUCAACCAAUGGCAAAUAUUAACAUGUGACCAAGAAGCAUAAGACCACCAAUUGAGCCACCUGAGAUUACUCUCAUGCCAGGAAGGCCAGGUAAAAAUAGAAAGAAAGCUAAGGAUGAAGCUGUUAACAAGAAGUUUGGAAAAGCUACAAGAAAGGGAAGAAAAAUGACAUGUUCUUUGUGCAAGUGUAUUGGACACAACAAGAAAGGAUGCCCAAGUGUAUUGGACACAACAAGAAAGGAUGCCCAACUUUG